AUGGGCAAGUUACAGUCCAAACUUGCUUUGAAACGCAGACAGAGUCCUGAAGGUGAUAGUCUGGCCCCCAGUGUGUUGACUUGUCAGGGGGAACUGGAGCACAAACACAGAGGCAAACUGACAGAGAACUUGGGCAAGUCCGACCAUAGCUGCAACCUCAAGGUAGUUUUGCCAACGAAGACGACACAUGACAAGGAAAAGAACAUUUCAUUUUCAGACAAUAAAGAGACAAAGCAGAAGAAAAACCACGCUGGUGGUAUGUCCAGUCUCAUACACUCCAUGUGUAAGGUUCUGGAGGCCUCUGUGAAGCAGCCUUGUUCGGACAACACACCGCUGAAGAUCAAUCUCGCUGUAGCUCCCUCAGCCUGCCCGGAGAAGAUUUCACAAACAGCCACAGAAAAGGACUCAGGAGCGUCUCAGGAGGCUGGAAGCCCGGCGACGAAACUUUACUGUGUGGAUGAAAACAUUGAGCGCAGAAACCAUUACCUGGAUCUAGCUGGCAUUGAGAACUACACCUCUAAAUUUGACAAUACAGAGUCACCCUGUCUGGACCCAGGACAUCAAACCCACUCUGCUUCUCAGCACCACCCGGUGGCAGGAAGAGCGCACUGCAUCUCCUCUGAGUCCCCUGGAAGCCCCUCAAUCCUCCAUUCUCUCAAGAAUAAGCCGGUGUCAGCGGGCAAAGACAGGAGCAGAGGAGAGGGAAAGUCCUGCAGGCUGCACGGCCAACAUCCCGCUUCAUGGUGCCAUCCGACCCAGUCUCACCCUCCAGCCCAAAGUCCUCCCCAUCUUACCCACAGCAAGAGGCUUCGUUCCAGGGUGCAAGAGGCUCCCACGCCCCUGAGACAUCCUGGCCCCCAGUUCCAACCAGGGGAGGAGAGAGAGAGGCUCAGUAAACUUCCUCUCCCAGGUGGGGCCCAGAGACAUGAGCAUCAUCACCACCACGAGCACCAUCAUCAUCAUCACCACCACCACUACCACCCUUCAUAA